AUGUCUACUCUCCCUCAAGAAAUAAUCAUCGAAGAAAUACUGAAGCGACUUCCGGUUGAAUCACUUGUGAAACUUCAAGUGGUAUGUAAGUUAUGGAAUUCUCUACUGCAUGACCCUUGUUUUACCCGAUCACACUUUCAGCAGAGCAUCUCGCAAAAGCCUGAAAAUGAUUAUCUCAUCAUUAAUGAUCACAAGUAUGGUGGAGGCAGAUGUCCUAAUGUUCUAUCGAUUCUCUCCCGCAAUAAUUUCUCCGAAACUUGCAUCGACAAAGUGCCUUACUCGGCAUCUGAAUCUAGUAAUAAUGAUAUCAACUUGAUCGGUUCGAUCAACGGAUUAGUUUGCUUGAAUUGUUUUUCUAAUUAUCGCCGUCGAUUUAUGAUAUGGAACCCCAUGAUUCAUCGUUCGAAGAAGAUAUUACUGCCUAAAUAUUAUGGCCGUGCUUUGCAAAAUUGCGUAUGUGGAUUUGGGUGGGAUUCCAUCACGAAUGAUUAUAAAGUAAUGAUUAAACCGGGUGACUCAGUGGAAGUUGCUCUGUACUCCUGUAAAACAGAUUGUUGGAGUUACAAGCCAGUUGAUUGUGAUGUUUCUUGGAGCAAGUAUGAUAUUUUUCAGUUCCCGCAGUUCCCGAGUGUUGUUGUCAAGGGCAUCCCUUACUGGAAGUAUUAUGAUGGUACGAAGAUUGUCAAUUUCGACGUUACAACUAAUAGGUUCAGGUCCUUGGUAAAUAAUAAUACUGAUCCGAUGGGCCCAUAUUACAAUCUUGUGAAUAUAUAUGAUGCCCUUGCACGAAUAAUGUAUUCAAAUUUUACCAAUAUGCUUCUUUAUGUGGAUCUUUAUGAUGAGAACCGUGGUGUUUGGAGUAAGAUGUACGAAAUCAAGAAUGUUGUUACAAGAAGUAUCAAGACUCUGAUGUGUUUUAAGUAUGGUGGCGAGACUGUGUAUGCUGAUAGGGAAAAUGUCAAUUGCUAUGAUCCCAAGUCGGAUGAAAUCAAGGUCCUGGUCGAUUGCAAAAAAGAGUAUACCCAGGGCUUUAGCUACACCCCUAGCUUACUCAGCCUCGAUGGAAUGAGCUCCACUUCACUCUGGAUUUAA